ACUCUCACAAAAAAUGGAAAACAUGCCGAGAAACGGCACUGCAACGCUCUCUCUAGUCGGCGGUCGGCGAAUGGUACGAUUUUUUAAGAACGCAGAUUUCCGUCUUCCCCUAUACUGUCUAUAUUUACCAACGGAUUAGUUGAUAAUCCUGUUAUUUUCAUAAUAUGUUUAGGAAACACAAAACUCGUUAUUGAUAAUGAUAUUUGCUCGCUCGAAUCUAGAGCGGUCGACGAUUUGGUCAUAAUCACCAUUCAUCGUGUCUUAUGAUUCGUGCGUCAAAUUUCAUUCGCAUUACUGUGAAAUAUGGAAGAGUACAUUAACGAUUUGGCUGGAUUUCACAAACCAAAAUCUACUCUGGAUCAUUAUGACGAUGCUACGGCGGCCGAAUGCUAUUACGAUCCUUAUUCUCGCCUGCUUGUUCACGAACAAAUAUUGAGCGAUUACGAGACCAUAGAAACAUACAAAGCAUGGAUCAAUAGCAAAAAAGAUUUGAUAAAGGGUAAAAUAGUUCUGGACGUUGGCUGCGGUACAGGAAUACUUUCCAUGUUAGCUGCAGAAGCCGGAGCUGCUCGAGUUAUUGGUAUCGAAUGGUCCAAUAUAGCUGAUUACACCGAAGAGAUCAUCAAAGAGAAUUACAUGGAUGAUAGAGUUUUUAUUAUUAAAGGAAAAGUUGGUCGGGCCAUUUUACCUUAUAAUAUUCGUAAGGUAGAUGUUAUCAUUUCGAUGUGGAUGGGUUUCUCCUUGAUACAAGGAGAUCGUUUAAAUGCUGUUAUACAAGCCAGGGAUAAAUGGCUUGCUCCGAUGGGUGUCAUAAUACCAGAUAGAGCCAUAUUAUAUAUGAGCGCUAUUUCUGAUCAUAAUUUCAGAGAAGAUGAUAUCGAAUCGUGGAAGAACGUUUACGGUUAUAAUAUGUCUUGCGUUAUUGACGAAGCAUUAAAGCACGCUUAUUGCAGAGUGGUUCCCCCUAACAAUAUGGUUACGAAUCGAUGUAAAAUCAAAGAGAUAAAUUUACUGACUGAUAGCCUCAAGAAUAUAUUCAAGAACGUUAAUUUUAGACUGACUGCACUACGUAACGAUCACAUUCAAGCGUUUAUUACCCAUUUUACCGUAAAGUUCUCCAAGUGCGAUAAUGGACUUGAAAUAAACACUGAUCCUCUAUUUGCGCCCAAACGUUGGGGACAAACUGUAAUGUACAUGAAAGAUUAUAUCACCAUUCGAAAAAAAGAAAAGAUAGUUGGCACUGUUUCUUUCUUCCAGGUGAAUAAAGAUCACCGUUUAUUGGGUAUUUUUAUCGGAAUGUUUUUCAGAGGUGCUAUUACCGGAGAAGUAAAGAAAACGCAUAGUUACAUAAUCAAUGUUUAACGAGCUGGAAUAUGAAUUUCGAAUUAAGGCUGUUUCAUUUUUAUUUUCAAGUGUGACUUUUUUUUAAAAAUAAUUUGCAAAGAAUCGAGUACCUGUUUUACUUUUGUUUUAUUACUUAUUUUUUUUAAAUAAAUUAAUCUUUUUGUUUUUAAAAGAUGAAAAUGUGUUUUAUUAAAUUUUUCAAUCAA